GGAUCAUUAUUUUAAAUAAGUGGAGUAGUGACAUGCAAUAUUAAGGAAUGGCGCUUUUGGCAAAUUCAAAUUUAAAUGAUUCCAAUUCGGUUUGGACGACGAUGGUGGUGAAUUUCAAAAUAAAAUGCCAAUCGCAGACAAAUCUUAGUUUUUUUUUGAAUGAAACCAAUAAUCAGUUUGCUUAUCUGUAAGAUGGAGGACAACAAUGGAGCUAAAUCGCGGGCACGUUCAAACUCCGCCAGGGUUCUGCUCUUCGACGACGUCGGACUGCCCCACGACAGGACCAAGCCCCCGCCGAUAGCCCCCGGGCCGCCCCCCAAGCAUGCACAGCCAGAUCAUCAGUCGACACCUUCGAAUUUGGUCCGAAUAAGUUCAGCUCUGGGCAAAUCGGCUCCGUCGCUGUCGGUGAAUAUGAAGGAUGUGAAUGUGGGGCGCCGAAACAGCCGUCCUGCUGCAGUUCACCGCUUGAGCUUUGUAGCAAAUACGUCUCCUGUUCUACCGCGAUCUCAGUCACCGAUAUGUGGCAGUCCGAUUGAUAGUCCCCGCACGCAUAAUAGUUUCAUCAAUUUUCCCUUCGCGCCGAUUAAGAGCGCUUCUUUCAGAAUCGUUGCUGGGUGUCGGGGGGAUGGGAGGCGGUGGUCAGUUGCGUCGUUACCAUCCUCGGGGUACGGAACUACGCCUGGUAGUUCCAACAUGUCGUCGAAGUGUUCGAGCCAGGAAAGACUGCAUCAACUACCACAUGUACCUACGUCCGAUGAUAUGAGGAUUUUGACUCAUCAUUUCUCGAGUAACGAAAGUAAUCCUUCGUUACCAACGGGGAAUUAUGAGGAGAAUCCUAUAAGUCAUCGGUCGCCUUUACACCGACCAAGAUCGAGAAGUCUCAGUAGCCCUAGCAGAUCUCCUGUCAUGGACAACGAAAUUUGUAUGAUGAACGUUUUGUACAAAGAGCGGUUCCCGAAAGCCACGCAACAAAUGGAGGAGCGUCUGAACCACUACAUCGAAGAAAAUAAAACGUUUGACUUCGGCGAAGAUUGCGACUAUCUCCCUAUAGUGCGAUUUGUUCACCAUCAAGUCUUGGAAAUGGCUCGCGAUUGUUUACACAAAUCACAGUCCAAAUUGAUCACAAGUCGGUAUUUCUACGAAAUGUCGGAAAAUUUAGAAAGACUAUUAACUGAAACUAAAGAUAAGUCUGAAGAAGCUGCUAAUCUAGUCACCGGUUUUAUAAAAAAGUUGCUGCUGAUAAUAUCGCGUCCGGCCCGUCUAUUAGAAUGUUUAGAGUUCGAUCCCGAGGAGUUCUACCACUUUUUGGAGGCCGCGGAAGGCCAAGUUAAGGUGGUGCAAGGCAUCAAAGCCGACAUACCUCAGUACAUUAUCCAAAAGCUCGGCCUAAACCGAGACCCUAUUGCCGAGCUCCAGGAAGAACUUCGCGAUUGCAAUUGGUCGUCGAACCAAUCCUCGCGUUCGUCCGUUUGCCUGACUUCAACCCCAAGUACAAAAAAGUCCCUCUCUAAUCCCAACGAACAGGAUUUCGAAGUCGUUAAAUUAAUCUCAAACGGUGCGUACGGCGCUGUUUACUUGGUCAAACACAAGCAGACGCGUCAAAGGUUCGCUAUGAAGAAAAUUAACAAAAAUAACUUAAUACUGCGGAACCAAGUCGAGCAGGUGUUCGCCGAACGUGAUAUACUCAGUUUUGCGGAUAAUCCGUUCGUUGUCAGUAUGUACUGUAGCUUUGAGACACGGAAGCAUCUGUGUUUGGUUAUGGAGUAUGUGGAGGGUGGCGAUUGCGCUAGUUUACUUAAAAACAUCGGACCACUGCCGUCGGAUAUGGCGAGGUUUUACUUCGCGGAAACUGUCCUCGCUGUUGAAUACUUACACAGUUAUGGCAUCGUACACAGGGAUUUGAAACCGGACAAUUUGUUAAUCACCGCGCUCGGACACAUUAAAUUGACCGAUUUCGGGUUAAGUAAAAUGGGACUGAUGUCCUUGGCUACGAAUUUAUACGAAGGGUAUGUCGAUACUGAGGCUCGGCAAUUCUCCGACAAGCAGGUUUUUGGUACUCCUGAAUACAUCGCACCUGAAGUGAUACUGAGACAAGGGUAUGGUAAACCGGUCGAUUGGUGGUCGAUGGGUAUCAUCCUCUACGAGUUCUUGGUAGGUUGUGUCCCCUUUUUUGGCGACACGCCUGAAGAACUUUUCGCUCAUACUGUUCAAGAUGAUAUUGAGUGGCCGGAUAGUGAGGAUUGGCCGGUUCAGGAAGAAGCAAAAGAUCUCAUUACAGCGCUGUUGCAACAUUCCCCUCGUGAUAGGUUAGGGACUGGGGGCGCUCACGAAGUCAAAGAACACGUCUAUUUCAGUGGUCUAGACUGGAACUCGUUGCUGAGGCAAAAAGCCGAAUUCGUUCCGCAGCUGGAACACGACGAGGACACCAGCUACUUUGACAGCCGCAUUGAUAGAUACAACCACGAACUUGAGGACGAUACCGAUGAUACAGACGACUCGCCUGUAUUCGGCCUAUUCUCCUCUUGUUCCCCUCAAUAUCGCAAAGCAAACGUAUCGAAGUUAUCAAGUUCGGAUCCUGAUAACUCCUCUGACGGGAUUAAAAUAAACACGACUGUGACAACGCCGGAUACUCCGGACGUGCCCGACUUCAAAUUGCGACCAAGGGCUCCGAUCAGUCUCCAAACACCGGAGCGCGAACGCCAGGAAAUUGCUCCAAUUGAACACCGCAAGAUUUCUCUUGAUUUUGGGAAAACAAUCAGCACUCCUGAGUCGUCUCAGACCGACAGCGAUGAUGUUUCGCCUCAAAUCCAGCGACGGCGCAAAACCGGCCAUUCGCGUGAUAUUCUACCAAAAUUCUCAAUAUCAGUCGAAGAUGAGCACAGCAGUUUAGAGACAGGGACUUCGUCGUCGGAAAAUCGCGAAUUGUCUCCUCUGGGGCGCGUCCAGUUAUCCAACAAGCAUAAAAGUCGCUCUGUUGUUAAAAGUGCGUCGACUUCAGGGUUAUCACUUAUGAUACCAUCGGACGAAUUUCAAGCCCCGACUCAUAAUAUACAUUCACCAAGUGGUGGCGGUGGUUCUAGUACCGCCAGUUCGCGUGAUGCUUCACCUUGUCGCGAGCUAUCUCCUCUCGUCACGAGCUUGAAACCUCCGAUUAUAAUCCGACGAGGUCCGAAAGGAUUCGGAUUUACGGUUCAUACGAUACGUGUUUAUUACGGCGAUACGGAUGUCUAUACUAUGCAUCACUUAGUUAUGGCAGUUGAUGAGGGAAGUCCGGCCUUCGAAGCCGGUUUAAGACCAGCCGACUUAAUUACUCACAUUAAUGGCGAAACUGUACAAGGACUGUAUCACACUCAAGUGUUACAGUUACUUUUGAACGGGUCUGAACAUGUCAGUUUGAGGGCUACACCGUUGGAGCAAACAUCAAUCAAGACAGGCGGCCGCAAAAGGGAACCUGGACAAAGCAAACUGGCCAAGAGGAGCCUCCACCGGCAAAGAAAACAAAAGAGGGAUAGUGAUAAAAGGCGAAAAACGUCACUGUUUCGCAAGAUCAGCAACAAAAGAGCCAGCGUUGAGAUGCAGCAGAUUGCAGCCAUCCAGUCCCCGAUAAGCGUGACUCCGAGCCGCAGCUUCCAGUCGUUUCCGCGAAGCCAAGACAGUUCGUUUUCUUCGGGCCCCAUCCGAACGCCCCCAACCGUCAACCGUUCAAACUUGACUCUCUCUGACUCUAGCUCAUCGUCGCAAACGCCCUCUACAAGCUCACCGAGCGCGACUCCUGCCACCCCUCGAACUAAGCAACACUACCAGCGCCCUUCAACCCUUCACGGCUUGAAACACAAACUCCACUCAAGCGCGUGCCCUAAGGCCCUUCACGCAGCUAGUCCUUCUUGCACCACUGCAGUCCCCAACCGGCGCAAAUCAGUCGGACACAUACCCUUGUCCCCCUUAGCCCGCACCCCGUCCCCUUCGCCCCUCCCGGCCUCCCCAACGCGCUCCCCCAGCCCCCUGGCCUUCCCCGUGGGGCACCAGCCGGGGAGCUCCAACACGACCCAGUCGUACAGCCCCAGCGCUGGGACGGCACCCAUUGGGUGCAAUCAGUCGAAAAAAGGGUUUGUUCGGCCUAAGGGAGCCGAGCCUGGAUCGCCUCUACUUCGGAGAGCUCUGUCUCCGGAUCGGUUACACCCGAGAAGCGCCGAAAGCAAAUGCUCGAUUUCGCCGCUUUGCUCAUCGGGUAAUUCCCCGCCGGUUAAAGCGCAAACGCGGGGAAGUACAGUUUGGCGACCGAAUCCGCAACCAGAGAAAGACAAGGAGGCGGAAACUGAGGUUGCGAAUGCCCAAACUGAUGAUAGUCGGUUGUCUUUGAAUUUGUCGGGACCAGGCGAAUUACUGCCGAGGAUAGCCGAGGAGAAAGACUCGCCGACCAAUAACGGCCAAGAGGAGAAAAAGUGUGAUAAAACAAGCAAGAAAUGUGAUAAAGAAGGUUGCAAUAACAAAACGAGUGACGAAAAGAGAGAGAGGAAAUGUGAUAAAGGGGGGAGUAAGCCGGAAAUGAAAAAAAGUGAUAAGGCGCAGUCGAGCACGAGUGGCGUUAAAGCAAAAGAUAAAUCCGUUCAAUAAUUCUAGCUUAGUAUUACGCAACUUGCCAAACAUUUUGUAUUAUAUUUGCUUAUUUUAAAUCGCUCAGAAAUCUCGUUUAGUUGCUUUCAUACUAAAAAAGACAACACAUAGGUAGUAUGUGUCUUAAAAAUAUACUCAUAUGUUAGGGUGAGACCAGGUGUGAUUUUGUUUCGUGUGCAUGUAACUCAUUUCGAUUAAAUCUUGUAUAUUUGUGUAACAGUUGUGUAACUUCAUUCAUGAGUGGAUUAUUUGCUUGGGUAUACUUUCAAGAGACAUCUACGACUGGUGAAGGUUUUAAUUUGCUUCGUUUAAUACAUUCAAAAUUCGGAAAUGUCAGCCAUUUUACCGCAGUAUGUGUCAAUUGAAUUUUUUUAACUACGUGUUUAAUAAGUGUAUGCACUGGCUAUACAAUAUAUAUUCUUAGAAUAAUUAACAUGCUAGAUGUUAGUUUUAAUUGGGAUCUCAAUUACUUUUGCAAUGUGUUAGCCAUAUUUUGUUCUACAAAUUGGCCAAAUUUUCUUUAGCCACACUCAACGCAACUUUGUGUAAAUUUCUCCAAGUAUAUUAAUUACAUUACUGUAUUUUUCAAACGCCAAAUAGUUUUUUAUUCGUUAUGCUGCGACCAGUAGUUCAAAUCAAAUAUUUUUGAUUAGUAUUUCUGUUCAAGCGGGAAGUUUGAAAAUCCCAAUUGACGUAAGUUGGCAACUGAAGAGGCGUUGUGCGUGGCUGGGUCGAAUUUCGCCCACAAAUUAGUCUAGGAUACCUGGUAAUUAGCAAACCAAACGAAUUUGCAUAUAUUCUGUUGUACUUAAAUCGAAAAGAAUAUUUAUUACUGAAAGUUUUCAUGCGUUAUACUACAAAGUUGAAAUAAGUUGUUAGGAUGUUAUAUAGAAGUAAUAUAUUGUAUAUUGAUUUUUUAAUCUGAAAUUAAACGGCGCCUUUUACGUUCAUUUUAA